GCACAGUGGGAGUGUUCCGCCUCUGUCAAGGGCUCCUUCUCCAACACUGCUGUCAUUUACAACCAGAAAACACACAAAGAAAGACGACUGGUGAGAGUGUAAAUCUGAGCGCGUGACAGUGCUGCAUGUGUGUCCGUGUUCAUGCUGUCUGCGGGUCGUCGGGUCUGAUCUCGGGCGCAGGUGGAUCAUUUACCGCAUUCAUCAGCUGAGCCUCGGACAUCAGCAUCAGCAUCAGUCGGUCUGAGUGUUUGUGAAGUGGCCUGAGUCGUGUGGAUCUUCUGCUCCCCUGUCCCAGGACCCUGAGCUCAGGCUGAAUAGCUCCUCCGUCACCCCAGACUGGACCUCUGAGGCGUGGGACCCGGUCCAGGACCCCAGACCCCCUCCGGCCCACGGGCACAUCGGCACUUUAGCACCGUCUGCCAGUCAUGAGUGAAUUCUGGUUGUGCUUCAACUGCUGUAUCGCCGAGCAGCCGCAGCCGAAGAGGCGGAGACGUAUAGAUCGGAGUAUGAUCGGUGAACCAACCAAUUUUGUCCACACGGCCCACGUAGGAUCUGGAGAUAUCUUCAGUGGCAUGAACUCUGUGAACUCAAUCCAGAACCAGAUGCAGUCUAAAGGAGGGUAUGAAGGAGAGGCCAUGUCUGUGAACGUGCAGAUGCAGCUGGUGGAUACAAAAGCAGGAUAAUGCGUGUUGCUGGCAGGGGUUCAGUGAUGAGUGAUUCCUGCUCUUACUUCUCUCCAUGUGUCCUCGACGGCCACUCCUCACCUCAUUACCCAGCAAACACAGGGACGGUGGUGAAGAGGGACGCCACACGCCUCAUCUCGGACGCUCGCAUGCCUACCAGUGCCAGUCCUGCUUCCAUCUGUGCUCUGCUGUAAACCCUUGCUUUCUCAUCACACACAUCUGUGGGUCUGGAACCAGUCCGAACAGUCGCUUUGGGUCGGUUCUGUUCUGUUUGCUCGUGUAAAGACUGCUGUUUGUGUGUGGAUUAAUCCUCAGCGCGGAGCCAGCCGACAGCAAUGUUCGUAUGACAAAACUGACCCGUCAAGAAGCGCUUGUGUUUGAACACGAGCUCAACAAAUGCCAUUCGUAAGGACAUGUGAUUUUUACUUUGCUGUUUACAAUGUUCCAGUUUGCAUUUCUUGUUUUUUUCUGUUCACAUAAGAACUGAUGUUGAAAGUCAUGAGUGGCUUUUCUGCUGUGUCCAUGUUACCGUCCCAAACUUGAUGUAGAGCUAUAGAUAGUGUUCAGAAUCAGAUCAAAUGGAUAAAAAGCUAUUUUAGUUCUAGUGCUCUUUAUUGAUAUAUCUGCAGUUACUCAAUAGAUAAGGUCACAAGACAUAUGAGGUGAAAUUGACCUCGCUCAGGAAACAUCAGCGGCCGCAGCGUCCCGAUUGAAGAUGGUACAGUAGAUCAUGAUUAAACCUUUGAGAUGCACAAUGAGAUCCUGUUUUUGUGUGUAAAAGACCCUGAGGGGGCCGAGUGAUGGAAAACAUGUCAAAUGGGAGGAAAACAAAACUUUAUUUCAAUGCUUUUGCGUUCGCUCGCAAAUGUUUUGCAUUUUUUUCCCAAGAAACUUUGAGUUGGAUUCAAAGCUGGUUAUGAUAUGAGAUUUGAGCAAAAUCUAUGUUGCAAUGCUUUUGUGAGUUUUUGGGGGAAUGCAAUAUGUUGGUGAGCAUGUUUGAUCACUGGCUCGUCCGCUGGAUCCAACCGAAAUAUUAUGGAAAUAUCACAUUGGUACCUUAUAUUCUGAAAGGCCUUCAUAUUGCAAAGUCACGGUUUAAU